UUCCUCCGCUCUCUCUGCCUAAGGUUUUAAUUUUUUUCCCAUCUUUUCCGCUCCUUCACCCUCUCAUUACACGAGUAGACAAGGAAAAAGAAAAGGGUUUUCUUGCACUUUCUCAGGAAUCAAACACCGACCUGCAUCUUUCCACCACCCUGAUAAAAAAAGUUUGCAUCUUUGAACUCAGACUGUCUUCUCCAUUAAAUACUUCUGACCCCAUUUUUUAAUUUAUUUUUUCUUCACAUUAUAUGGUUCUUUGUCUGUUUAUACUGGCUUAAGAUCAGCAAAUCAUGGCCGUUAAUUCGGGAGACCGGAAAGAAGUCAUCUUGAAAAUCGAGGACAGAAACAAUGACGGUAGUAUUCCUGCUUCCGGCGGAGCAUCCAACGCCGCCGCCGGUGGAGGUAAGAUUUUGAGAGAGUCAACGUAUGAUUUCUGGAACGACGAUGAGAAAACCGAAAGUAGCUGGAAGAAAGCGAACUUGAACAUGAACGGUACUGGCAGCAGUGGUAAUAACAGUAACAUGGAAAGCGAAGACUUUGAAUUCAUGCAAAGCAAGCAAGCAGCAACGGAAGAUCCGCCGUCGAAGUUAAUUGGUCAGUUUCUGCAUAAGCAAAAAGCUUCAGGUGAGUUCUCAUUGGAUAUGGAUCUGGAAAUGGAUGAACUUAAUGAGCCACCCCAUCUCGGCGGUGUGCUGCCUGCAGUGGCUGAAUCACCGUCACCUUCGGCGGCUGCUGUUCAAAGGGUGUCUUUUGAAAACCAUCCUGUAAGAAGAAGACAGAGUAAAGGAUCACCAUCUCCAAGAAAAGAAGACGACGGGGUUGUAAAAUGUAGCUCAAACUCUUCUUCUAAAAGAAGUGAAGGUGGUACUUUUCAAAGGAAAUCAAGCUUGUUUGUAAACAGGACAAAGUCCAGGUUGAUGGACCCUCCACCGCCAGAAAAAGGGGAGCCAAAGUCUGCCAAAUCAGGAGCAGGGAAGUCAAGGCAGAUAACGAGAUCUGGGUUUCUUGGGAAAAGCAUGGAGGAAGAAGAGGAUGAUCCAUUGCUUGAAGAAGAUUUGCCUGAUGAGUACAAGAAAGAUAAAUUCAGUGUUCUGGUUUUGCUUGAAUGGUUAAGUUUGAUUUUGAUUAUUGCUGCUUUUGUUUGUAGUCUUACAAUUCCUUAUCUAAAGAAGAAAAGCCUAUGGAAGCUCAUGUUAUGGAAAUGGGAAGUUAUGGUUUUGGUAUUAAUAUGUGGUAGAUUGGUUUCAGGUUGGAUAAUAAAGAUAAUUGUGUUUUUUAUAGAGAGGAAUUUUCUUUUGAGGAAAAGGGUAUUGUAUUUUGUUUAUGGAGUGAGGAAACCAGUUCGAAAUUGCUUGUGGUUAGGGUUGGUUUUGAUUGCUUGGCAUUUCUUGUUUGACAAGAAGCUUCAAAAGGAAACGAAGAGUUCGGUCCUUCAAUAUGUGACCAAAGUUUUGGUUUGUCUUUUGAUUGGUGUGAUGGUGUGGCUAGUAAAGACUCUCUUGGUUAAGGUAUUAGCAUCAUCUUUUCAUGUGAGUACUUACUUCGAUCGAAUCCAGGAUUCUUUGUUCAUUCAGUAUGCAAUCGAGACGCUUUCAGGUCCUCCCUUGGUUGAGAUUCAAAGGGCAGAGGAGGAGGAAGAAAGAAUAGCGAAUGAGAUUAUGAACCUGCAGAAAGCCGGUGCCACAGUUCCUCCUGGGCUCAAGACGUCCACAGUUUCAUCACCCCAUUACGGGAAACAGAUAGGGAGCGGGCGGAUCCAGAAAACUCCCCGAGAAAAAAGCCCUAUGCUGUCACCGCUUUCUGCCAGGACAGGAGAUAAGGAUGAUCAAGGGAUUACUAUUGACCACUUGCACAAACUGAAUCAUAAAAAUGUAUCUGCUUGGAAUAUGAAAAGAUUGAUGAAUAUAAUCCGCCAUGGAGCUCUUUCCACUUUAGAUGAGCAGAUCCAACAUUCAUCUUAUGAAGAUGAGUCUGCGGGACAAAUUAGAAGUGAAUACGAGGCAAAAGUUGCAGCAAGGAAAAUUUUCCAGAAUGUUGCUAAGCCGGGAUCCCGGUUCAUAUACUUGGAGGACAUCGAACGUUUUCUGCAAGAAGACGAGGCUUUGAAGACAAUGAGUCUCUUUGAAGGUGCAUCUGAAAGCAAGAAAAUUAGCAAGAAAGCCCUCAAGAAUUGGGUGGUCAAUGCUUUUAGAGAACGAAGGGCACUUGCCUUGACAUUGAACGAUACCAAAACAGCUGUGAACAAACUUCAUCGGAUGAUAAACUUUCUGAUUGGCAUCAUCUUAUUGGUUAUUUGGCUCCUCAUACUUGGAAUUGCCACCAGUAAAGUUCUUGUUUUUAUUAGCUCUCAACUGCUUCUUGUCGCAUUCAUAUUUGGAAACACCUGCAAGACCGUAUUUGAAGCUAUUAUAUUCUUGUUUGUUAUGCACCCGUUCGAUGUUGGUGACAGGUGUGAAAUUGAUGGAGUUCAGAUGAUCGUGGAGGAAAUGAACAUCUUAACUACUGUUUUCUUAAGAUACGAUAACCAGAAGAUCAUAAUACCGAACAGUGUCUUGGCUACUAAGGCCAUACAUAACUACUACCGUAGCCCCGACAUGUUAGAGAUAGUUGAAUUCCUCAUCCAUGUGAAAACUCCUGCAGAAAGGAUUGGUCUCAUGAAGCAGAGGAUAUUGAGUUACAUCGAGCUUAAGAGUGACCACUGGUAUCAAGAUACGAUGAUAGUAUUUAAGGAACUCGAAGUGUUGAAUCGAGUAAGGAUAGCGAUAUGGGUGACGCAUAGAAUGAACCACCAAGACAUGGGAGAGAGGUAUACAAGGAGGGCUCUCUUGGUGGAAGAGCUGGUUAAGAUCUUCAACGACUUGGAUAUUAAAUACCGCUUGUACCCGAUCGACAUCAAUGUCUGUGGCAUGCCUCCCGUGGCAUCGGAUCGCCUUCCUCCGACUUGGACUGGACCUGCCAGCUGAACAAGGUAACAACCAAAAUUAGGACACCACAUUUUACUGCCUCUGUGACAUUGUUUUCCUGGAUAUGUUUACAGGUAGAUAAAUCGUUCCUAUUAGAUUAUUAGAUACCGAAUUUCUUAUAUAAAUUGUAUGUUUUUGGUAGAUUGAACAAAGUCUGAUUUACUAGAUCAUUCUUAAUGCUC